AAAACCCCAAGUGCACAUGGAAGUGUUAUUGUUCAUAAAAUCUAACUAACAAAUUGUGAAUUACAAUUUUACACAUAAUAUAACACAUUAUUGAAUUACUAUAUCACAGCGUAUUCCCGUUCAUCAUGAUAACGAUUCAAGCUGGAAAUUAUUCCAACUUCGUGGGCGCACAUUUCUUCAACUUACAAAAUCCUGAAACACAACACAACGAGUCGUCUACUGACGCCGCUCUGUCAACACCGCUGAGCCUUUGGCGAGAGGUAGGCCGUACCUCCUCCCAGUCACCCCCCAGCUUCAGUCCACGAUUACUUGUAAUCGACACCAAAGAAAAUGUGGCACUUAAUCGAGGUAGUGGUAGUAAGCCAACUACUGUUGCUGCCUCCAAACAUCAACAGAACAUUAGCUUGUGGGGUGGGAAAGUGGAACUCAUGGGGGAAGAAUCUGACGAAGACGAACAGCCAUCCACAGCAGCAGCAAAAAGUGUGUUUGAUAACCCUUCCCCACUCCCUACUGAUUAUUCCCGAUGGGGUGACUUUGCAACGUGGAAAUUGAGCCCAAAUAAUAUUCAUCUCCUUCCUAAUUUCUCACACAAUCCUGAAACCGGACAAUUGGACUCGUACGGACAAGGGAUGGAGGUUUGGAAAUCGUUAGAAGUAGAUGUAGAGGAAGGAAUUCGGAGGUUUGCAGAAGAAUGUGAUAGGCUAGAGGGGUUUAAUAUCUUUGUGGACCAACUUAAUGGUUACAGUGGCCUUGCUGGUGGACUCCUUCAACACGUAUCGGAUGAAUAUGAGAAGAAAGUAUGCCUAGGUAUAGGAUUCUGUCCCCCCACGCUGACCAACGUACAUGAUGAUGCUUCUGCUGGACGGGCCUUCAGGACUCGGAUGACAAACUCAACACUUUUGUAUAAUGCAUUUAACUCUUACUCGACAGUAUUUACAUCUUUAGGGCUCUGUCAAGAUUUCUGUGCGCAACGAAUCGUACCAGUAGUAUUACCAUAUUUGAGUUUUAAGGCCGAGUCGUUUUACGAGUCUAGCGCAAUAUUAGCGGUCGCAUUAGACACACUGUUGUCUCCGUGCCUCUCAACAAUUCCGUCCUCGACCUCUUCGAUAUCUCUUCAGGAACUGGCGUCUUUCUUGAGUGCUAUGGGUCGAAAAAUGACCACUAUUUCAACCUCGUUUCCAUUCCCUUUAGAUUGUAAAAAGUCGUCACUGUUUAGCAUAUUAAAUUCAAGUGGUAUGGAUUAUGUUCGGGGAUUGACGCCUGGAGUUAGCCCAGACUUUGAAAGUUCAAACGGCAACUUUUUUUCUGCUAGAGGAAUCCCUGAAACUGCCGUGUUAUUUGAAGACGAACGGAAAGGGCUAAUUGGAUACCAAAGGCAGAUCAGCAAUGCACAAUCAUGUUUAGACUUAUUCACUAAGGAAUCGUUUUCAAAGUCCGUGAAUAUUGUACGAAGUAGUGACAUUCCUGUUAUAGUAAAGCAUCCUUUCCCCUCCAAAGUAGUGGAAGAAUUUGCUAAAGACACUUUUAAAUUUGGUCAACAAUAUUCCAACGGUGUUGUAAGCAGUUGGUCCUUCAGUUCCAUCAGUUCAGCUCAGAACAGCACAAAAUGUGGGGAUUUAUUGAACAAAGUUGUACCUUCAGGCGGACAUAAAAACAAUAGAAACAGAAUUACUCAAACUUUACCAUCUGCCAAUGAAUUAGGAAUGGAAGUGGACGAUUUUAUGGAGUCUGUGAAUAAUCUGCAAACCCUUAGAAGUACUUACAAUGCUAAUUUUGGUGACUAGUUAUUGCCAAUAUUUAUCAUGUGAAGAGCUUGUAAGUACAUAGCUUGAAAGUCCAACUUGGUUUAUUGCGUUACAUUUAGUAUAGUUAAAAUUCUGGCAUUUUAAUUACUGUAGUAUAAAAGCUAACAAAAUGUGUUUUAUUUUUAUUACCCCUGCUGCGCAAAAUAAAGGUAAUGGUAAUACUGAA